AGAAUACAAGCUAUCUCUCUCUCUCUCUCUCUCUCUCUCUCUCUUAUGGUAAACCGCUGCGACACGUAUCGGCAUGCAAGUGAGCUUCGUUGGCGGAAUCUCCAGGCGUCAAGCCGAAAGCGUAUAACUCACUCGAGACCACUCUUUCUCGAAAGAGGAAGUUGCGACUUGCAGGACUGUAACUUGAUGCGGGAAGAGAGACUUUGGUAUUUGUUCAUAUCAACUUAACUAUGGUGGACCGAGGCUGGCCGUCAACGUCUCCGCGAUCGUUUCAAGAAACAAACAAAUCGGCUCGAAGACAAAAAUCAAAUUUCGCUGGUAGAUAUAUGUGCCAUCAAUGCUCCGAUUCUAUGAAGCAUCGCGAAGGAAGAAACUUGGCACAACGUUGACCUUCGCUCCGGUUUUAAUUCCGUGCAAGGAUGUUUUUGAGGACCAUCGUGUAGACCUUUGAUCCUUUGAUCAGUUUCGAAGGAUCAGAUCCACUCCAUAGUCAAUAAGCAAAAAUUUCUACCGCUCUUUCAAACAGGCGCUUCACGGUUCAAAGUGUUCUCAGUCGUCUGGCACCAUGCCCACCCCCAAAGGCAGGCUUCUUUGCAGGAAGUCCACCAAAGUUGAAUAUAUGUAAUGCGGGCGGACGGGAACCCAUAUAUAUAUUUUAGGGACGAGGUCGGUGUCUAGUGCUCUUUCAGCUGCUUAUUACUUAUCCUCGCCAGGUGCUUCUCGUAUGAUCUUCCAAAGAAUUAUUUUUAUAAUCACGCCCGCUGUAGCAAUUCUUUUGGUGUGGGUACCGCUUCUUCUGACCACUUCUGCUUAAGACGCUUAAUCCGCUGCCCGGGGAACGAUAUCACGCACAACGUCUUCGUCCUCGAGAAAAAGUUUCAGCAUAAACAGAGCUGCGAAACGAUUGGACAAUUUUCAAAAGGCUCGACGACUUCUCCUUCAACUUGGCGUGCUCCUCUGCUCUUCUUCAGCGGGAAAGGUCUUGUUUGGGGCGCGGCUCAGCACCGCUAUGUCGUCCACAGCAAGCAGCGACAUGAAUUCAAGCUUUAGCUCGAGCUGGGGACUUACGGCCGUGUUUCUAGUAGCGACGCUGGGCUGGUUUUUGGCAAUCUACGCACAACGAAGAAAAUAUCCUUCCUUCCUCACGAUUUUUCCUAUCUUCGGUUCUUCGUUGCAACUGGCUAAGCACUAUGAUCACAUGCACGAUUUCCUACUCGAAAAGUUCUUGCGCAACGAGACGCUCUACAAUUCCAAGACAUUCAGAGCGCCAAUGCCGACCUUCGACUACUACUACACAGUCGACCCCGACGUGGUGGAGCACAUUCUCAAGAACAACUUCGCGAACUAUCCCAAGGGUGACAAAUUUCACGAUAUCAUGGAAGUGCUUCUCGGAGACGGGAUAUUCAACUCGGAUGGCGAGGUGUGGAAACGGCAGAGGAAGACCGCAAGCUUUGAGUUCGCCUCCAAAAUUCUGAGGGACUUCAGCACGGUGGUGUUUAGAGACUACGCCGUCAAACUGGCGGAUAUCGUAUCGGGGUGCACGAGCAGAGGACAAAGCUUCGAUAUGCAGGACUUGUUCAUGCGGAUGACACUGGAUUCGAUUUGCAAGCUAGGAUUUGGAGUGGAGAUUGGAACGCUGUCCGCUUCCCUGCCGGAGAACAAAUUUGCGAUAGCGUUCGACAACGCCAACGCUUGGGUCACCAACAGGUUCGUCGAUCCCUUCUGGAAGGUCGGCAGCCUUCUUAAACUCGGCCGCGAGGCUCAGCUCGCAAAGAAUGCCAAGAUUGUAGACGACUUCACAUACAACGUGAUAAAGACAAGGCGCGCUGAGCUACAGGGAAAGUGCGCAGACGAAAAGAAGGCAGACAUUCUAUCUCGAUUUAUGCUGCUCAGUGACGAUCCUAAGAACCAGAUCAACGACAAGACAUUGCGCGACAUUGUGCUGAAUUUUGUCAUCGCCGGCCGCGAUACCACCGCUGUUACGCUCUCGUGGUUUGUCUACAUGCUGGCCACUCAUCCAGACUGCGGGGACAAGAUCUACGCGGAGCUGUGCAAGCUAGAGACCGAGGAGAUGUCAACGGCAGCAAUUAAAGCCAGCGAAGACACUACGACCGGGUCUCAAAUUUCAAGCUUCGCCAAGCUCCUGACGUAUGACUCUUUGGCAAAGCUGGCCUACCUUCACGCGGCCAUCACCGAGACACUCCGGCUAUUCCCAGCCGUGCCAGAGGACAUUAAAGGCGUGCUGGCCGACGAUACACUUCCAGACGGAAAGAAAGUGAAAGCCGGGGACCAGAUCAACUUUGUUCCGUGGUGCAUGGGACGGAUGGAGUCUCUCUGGGGAGAAGACGCUCGCGAGUACAAGCCCGAGAGAUGGCUCUCCAAGGACGGAGUCUUCCAGCCCGUCUCGCCAUUCAAAUUCACCGCAUUCCAGGCGGGUCCUCGAAUUUGCCUUGGAAAGGACAGUGCUUAUCUCCAGAUGAAGAUGACCGCCGCGACGCUCUGCCGAUUCUUCCGCUUCGAGCUCGUCCCGGGCCACCAAGUCAAGUACCGCAUGAUGGCAAUUCUCUCCAUGGCAAACGGCCUUUGCGUCACAGCGUCCGAAAGAUAGAAACCAAACAAUGCACAGAAGCUUAUAUACUUGUUUUGAGGGUUAGCUCCAAAAAAAGAAGGAAUCGGACAAUUGGCGGUGGCUGCGCGCGCCACGCGGGCUCUCCAUUUGCAUGGGGUUGUUUUAUAAAAUGGAGGGCUCGUUUGAAACGAAUCACUCGAUCCAUCUCUCUCGCAGUCUCUUUUUCCUCUCUCUUUUCUUUUUCUUUGUUUGAUCUGCGUGAUGGCCACCACUGUCAACACCUGUGACUGCACUGCCGGUUGCGCUUCCGGGUCUCCCUGCCCCUGCGGGGACGAUUGCAAAUGUGCUGCCACUGCGGCCAGUGGUGGUGCAACUUCCGCAACCGGACGAGGUGGUCACGAGGGGGUGUUUUGUGAGUGCGGCGCAAAUUGCAACUGCGAGACGUGUACCUGCGCCAAGAUGACGGCAUCCGGCGAGCCAUUCUGCAAGUGCGGCAGGACCUGCAGCUGCGAGACGUGCACUUGCCCUAAGCCAGUGCAAGGUUGAGCAGAAGCAGUACUGUGGUUGCCAUAAAAUAAAUAUGGUGUUUCCUUUGAUAAUCCUAAGAAAUGCUUUUGAAUAGAACUAUAAUAAUGAAAUAAAAACGAAGACCACUCUAUUUUAGG